CGGAAGUUGUUGUACAAUCUUGUGUUUUGCGCGCUGCUGGAGCUUUUCUGCGCGAACCCAUUGCCAGUCUGAGGGAUCCUGGCAUCCUGCAAAUUAACGGCCUUUUGGGGCUAGUCCUGAAAUCACUACUUGGCUGUUUUGCUUCAUAACCUGUCAAUAUGGAGCAGAACAACAGCCUCACUCCUUUCACUCAAGGGCUGGCAUCUCCGCAGGGAGCCAUGACACCUGUCCUGCCCAUUUGCAGUCCUAUAAUGGAGUUCGGCACGGGCCUUACACCACAGUCAGUGCAGAACACCAACAGCUUGUCCCUUCUGGAGGAGCAGCAGCGACGGCAGCAGCAACAACAGGCAGCCUCACAACAGCAGGGUGGGAUGAUGGGAGCUGCAGGCCAGACACCACAGCUCUACCACUCGCAGGUCUCCACCACAACGGCACUGCCAGGCAACACGCCAGUGCAUACAACACCUCUCACCCCUAUGACUCCCAUCACUCCUUCCACACCGGCCUCAGAGAGCUCUGGCAUCCUUCCCCAAUUACAGAAUAUUGUGUCCACUGUAAACUUGGGGUGCAAACUUGAUUUGAAGACAAUAGCACUUAGAGCCAGAAAUGCUGAAUAUAAUCCAAAGCGUUUUGCUGCUGUCAUCAUGAGAAUACGAGAACCCAGAACAACAGCUCUCAUCUUCAGCUCGGGGAAGAUGGUGUGUACGGGAGCGAAAAGUGAGGUACAGUCUCGAUUGGCAGCCAGAAAAUAUGCCAGAGUGGUUCAGAAGUUGGGUUUUCCUGCUAAAUUCUUAGACUUCAAAAUUCAGAACAUGGUGGGCAGCUGCGACGUCAAGUUUCCCAUCCGAUUAGAGGGCCUUGUGCUUACACACCAGCAGUUUAGCAGCUAUGAACCGGAGUUGUUUCCCGGAUUAAUCUACAGAAUGAUCAAACCCAGAAUUGUUCUUUUAAUAUUCGUUUCAGGCAAAGUUGUACUCACAGGUGCAAAGGUUAGAGGAGAGAUCUACGAAGCAUUUGAGAAUAUAUACCCCAUCCUGAAAGGAUUCCGGAAAACCACGUAAUCUCGUUCUGUUAUCGUUGAUGAACUACUUCCUGAGCCCACCGUGUGACCUACGCAGUUUUAUUUACUUUUGUAAGCCUGUAAAUAUGAAGAACUCAUUUGCUUCACUCAGAAAGUGAACAGAUUUGAGCUUUAAAAUGCUUUUAUUUUUGCAUUUUAAAAGUUUUUCACCUGCCAUUUGGUUUGCAAAAUACUGUUUUAUCCAUGUCUGAACAUUUUAACAUUUUGAAUUAUGGUUUUAUGAUACAAAUUUUAGCAGGUUUUAUAUGUUGUUGCAUUACUGAUUGUCUGUCUGUGAGAGGAAUUCACAUUCACACUUAUUCUUUUAUCUGACGCUUUCAUCCAAAGUGAUUUACAAUUGCUAUAUAUGUCAGAGGUCGCACGCCUCUGGAGCAACUAGGGGUUAAGUGUCUUGCUCAGGGACACAUUGGUGUCUCACAGUGGAUUCAAACCUGGGUCUCUCACACCAAAGGCAUGUGUCUUAUCCACUGUGCCAACACCACCCCUGAAUGUGGUUUUAUUAAGGAAGUUUGGGAGGAGCAUGAUCAGCUAAUCAUCCAAUUUGGCACAGGUGCAUCUCGUUUACAUAAUCAUCUUAACUAGCACACAAGCGUAUAUAUAUCCAGUCUUCCUACCUCUUGUCCCACGACAGUUUUAUGUCAUCCCUCCUCCACCCCAACUCCUCACUUCUAAUCUAUUUAUCCCAAAUUAGGGAUGGGGAGUUAUUUGGGUCUGGGCUAUGCUCCGGGCCCGGACCCCUCCACCAGGACAACACGCCAAAAUAUGCCUACUAUUCGCCUUCAGAUUAGAUAUAAGGGUGAACUUGUGAAUUAGUCUGUGGCAAGCAAUGCCCAUGUUGACCAGUGCAAGGGAACUCUUGUUUGGAGGAGAGCAUUUAGGUUCUUUUCCAACAAAGCUUUGCAAACAAGUUUGUGGAUUGUUCAGUUGUUAAAGUCAUCAUGUUAAGUUUUCAAAGGAGAUUGAUGGAUCUAACGAUUUAAUUUCCAUUUCCAUUAUAAAGCACUGACCUCUUAAUUUAAGCCUUUCGUACAUGUAACUUUUCUACAUUUGAAUGCAAAAAAAUACAUUUGCCAACUUCAGCCUGUCACUGCAUUGUAGAGUAUCACCUCCACUUUUCAUGAGCCACAAUGUUGUCUACAUGUUUCCUGUUUUUGUAUAAUUGUAAUGAGAUGACAUCUUAUUUCUGUAGUGUUAUGGCUGUUUUUUACAACUGAAAGGACUUUAAGUGUUGAGACUCUGUAUUGUAUUAAUGUCUGAUUAUUUUGGAUUUUAUACCAGAACUACAUUUAAUAAACCUUAAAUAAUUAUAUUA